AUGCCCCAAUGGAGCGACCCGUUCGUGGCGGCCAACGUCGUCGUUGCCGUCGUCGUCCUCUACUGCAGCGUCAUGAGCCCGUGGAAGUACACGCGCGUGUCUGGCCCAUGCUCGUCCAACUGGCUUGACGUCCGCAACCCCGACAGCAAGGCCGUGUGCUGCGACGAAUCGAGCCACGCGCCAUGCUACGCCGGUAUGAGCGAGCUGCACGAGCUCACCCAUGGCCAGGGCGCGUGGAUCCUCCCGCUCGUUGCGGCCCUUGUCAACUUUGGCUUGACCAUGUUCCUGCCCAACGUCACGUCGCGCCACAUGUCGGCCAUUUACAACCGACUGGGUCUGUACUUUUCGCUCAUGAUCUACCGCACAUUGGUGCUCUACGGCGCCUUCAACCUUGUCGAGAAGGCGCUCUUCCCGCCUGCCACCUCGUGCUGCGCUGUAUCGACAGCUUUGACCACGCGGACCACAUCGUACUCUACAUGA